CGUAUUCUUCCUAGCAGCUCAGGCAGCCAUUACCUUCGGACCAGCGUCAACACACUGAGCAAUCCAUACAUCACACACACAGCGCCAGAGGUUUAAUUUAAUUAAUCGGCCGAGAAGAGCAGAGAAGUGAGCAAGGUAGCAAAUGGGGAGGUCUCCUUGCUGCGAGAAGACGGGGCUCAAGAGGGGGCCAUGGACGGCAGAGGAGGACAUGACCCUGGUGGCUCACAUCGAGCAGCACGGGCACAGCAACUGGCGGGCGCUGCCGAAGCAGGCCGGCCUGCUGCGCUGCGGCAAGAGUUGCCGCCUCCGGUGGAUCAACUACCUGCGCCCCGACAUCAAGCGCGGCAACUUCACCGGCGAGGAGGAAGACGCUAUCAUCCAGCUCCACGCCAUGCUCGGCAAUAGAUGGUCCACCAUUGCCGCCAGGCUGCCUGGCAGGACGGACAACGAGAUCAAGAACGUCUGGCACACACACCUCAAGAAGCGACUCGACUCGUCCUCGUCCAAGACGUCCGGCCAGGCAGCGCCUAAGCGCAAAGCCAAGAAGCCUGUGGCUGCAGCGAGCACAGCCGAUGGCCCGGCCUCCAUGCCAGUGUCGUCACCGGAGCAGCCCAUCUCGUCGUCCGCCACCGAUUACUCGAUGCCGUCGUCGUUGGAGAACACAGACAGCUUUACAUCGGAGGAGUUUCAGAUUGAAGACAGCUUUUGGUCGGAGACACUGGCAAUGACGGUGGACAGCUCCGGUUCCGCCAUGGAGGCCGGCGUCACCUUGGGCGCAGACAGUGCAUCGCCGUCGUCCAGCAACGACGAGAUGGACUUCUGGGUCAGACUGUUCAUGCAGGCUGGUGAGGUGCAGAGUUUGUCUCAGAUUUAGGCAGAGGACAUCGGCUCCUCGGCUAGUUUCUUGUUCAUUUUUUUGUCUCUCGAUAUUCUUUAAAAUCUUUGGCAUCUGAUCAUUUGGUGGGUGUAUACCUGUAAAACGGGAGAGCUUGUGAAGGGAACAAUAAUCGUUCGUAGCGGUGUUCAUCCAGCAAAAAAUGUGUCACGGCACGAGUGUUGCAAACUUCUUCUUUGUUGUAUGCCUACAAGAAUUGGCGUCCAAUUGAUACCCUUCUGUUUUGGAAAAA